AUGAUUGAAGUAAUUAAAGAUAAUGUUGUAAAUAAUGUGAUAGAUAAUAUAGUAAAUGAAGCAGUAAAUGAGAUAAUAGAUAAGAUUGCAGAUAAAGUAGUAGAAGAGAUUGUAGACAAGAUGGAUGAGACAGUAGAUGGUGUAGUAAACAAGAUUAUAGAAAAAAUAGAAAAAAUGGUGAAUAAAGAG